AUUCUAUUGGUCCUCAAAAACACCCUGAAAACAGCUUGAGGCUGGUGCCUUGGAUUUUUAGCGAAGCAUUGUUUGCAGGACGUUGACCACUUCAUAACGGGUCCUUAGACUGCAUAAGUGGCGAACAACAUCAGCAAGGUGAAGUCAAGCUGACGCAUCCGUGGUGCUGACAAGUGCUAGCCGGGGGGAGUCCCGCCUCGCAAGCGCAAAGCGCUGGGAGCCAUGACGGAAGAGGAGGUCGAUAAGCACAUACUUAAAAAGUAUGAGAUUCAGCAAAAGCUUGGCAAGGGGGCCUAUGGCGUUGUCUGGAAAGCGGUUGACCGCAAGACGCGGGAGGUGGUCGCGCUGAAGAAAAUUUUUGACGCGUUUCAAAACGCGACAGACGCUCAGAGAACAUUUCGAGAAGUAAUGUUUCUCCAGGAUCUUAACAACCACGACAACAUCAUCAGAUUACUGAACGUGCUCAAAGCUGAAAAUGAUCGCGAUCUCUACCUCGUAUUUGAGUAUAUGGAGACGGACCUGCACGCUGUCAUUCGGGCAAACAUCCUGGAAGAAGUGCACAAGCAGUACAUCAUGUACCAACUCUUCAAAGCGCUGAAGUACAUGCACUCUGGAGAGUUGCUACAUCGUGAUAUCAAGCCCUCCAACCUGCUGCUCAACAGCGACUGCCAGGUGAAGCUUGCAGAUUUCGGCCUGGCGCGCAGCGUUAGCCAGCUAAAUGCAAGCGAUGGCCAGAACCCUAUCCUUACCGAUUACGUGGCUACCCGGUGGUAUCGGGCACCGGAAAUCCUGCUCGGCUCCACCAAGUACACUUUCGGGGUGGACAUGUGGUCUAGCGGUUGCAUCCUGGGUGAGCUGCUGCUGGGCAAGCCAAUCUUUCCAGGCACCUCGACCAUGAAUCAGCUAGACCGCAUCGUGGAAUUCUGUGGCCGGCCGGCACCAGCGGACGUGGAGGCCAUUGACUCCCCAUUUGCCACUACUAUGAUGGAUUCGUGUACCGUCACGGCCUCUCGCCGUCUCGCAGACAUAUUCCCCAAUGCAAGUCCCGAGGCGGCCGAUCUCUUGCGGAAGCUACUUGUUUUUAACCCGCACAAGCGGCUGACAGCGGAGCAAGCUCUUCGGCAUCCUUACGUAGCGCAGUUCCACAAUAUGGCGGAUGAGCCAGUCUGCAACCGGAUCAUUGUACUGCCUAUUUCCGACAACACUAAGUACACAGUAUCCGAGUACAGGUAA